AUGCUGCCCAAGUGCAAUAACACCAUCGAGCAUGUGAGGCUGCAUGAGGAACCCAUCUACAAUGGCCACACCUUCCAUUUAAUCGGUCUAUGGGUGUCUGGCGCAUUCGCGCUCACUGCCUUGGUGUUGUCGCUGCAGCUGAUUUUUCUUCACGCUACCAAUUAUUCCAAACCGUACGAGCAAAAGCAUAUCAUCCGGGUAUUGCUUAUGGUACCAAUCUACUCGCUGGUGUCGUUCCUCUCAUUCAGGUUCUAUACCUACUAUGUUUACCUGAACGUCAUCCGUGACUGCUACGAAGCAUUCGCCAUCGCCAGCUUCUUCAGUCUGAUGUGUGCGUACACAGCUCCGAGCCUUCACGACCAAAAAGACUACUUCCGAAACAUCGUCCCAAAACCAUGGAUAUUUCCGGCCAACGCAUUUCGAAAAUGCUUCGGCGGGGAUAAGAGAGGAUGCUUUCGAGUGCCUCGCAGCGGUCUGACAUGGUUCAAUAUAAUUUGGGUUGCCGUCUUUCAAUACUGCACGGUCAAGGUAGCACUGACCAUAAUCGCACUCAUCACGCAGGCGACUCACCGCUACUGUAUCGAGACCCUGAAGCCGGCAUUUGCUCAUGUAUGGAUCAUCAUCUUCCAAACGAUCUCAGUUACGAUCGCCAUGUUCUGCCUCAUACAAUUUUACACGCAGGUCAAGGAGGACAUCACUGAACACAGACCACUGGUCAAGGUUGCCGCCAUCAAGUUGGUCAUCUUCUUGUCCUUCUGGCAAACGAUCAUUCUGUCUCUGCUCACGGCUGGGAACGCCAUCAAGCCUUCAAACAAGAUCCAGGAGCCCGACCUCCGUGUAGGUCUUCCCGUGCUCUUGCUCUGUAUGGAGAUGGCCGUCUUUGCCUUGUUCCACUUCUGGUCUUUCCCGUAUCAGCCCUACCAACUCCAAUCAAAACAGUACCUCGGCGGGCCCCUGGGUAUCAAAGCGAUCCUCGACGCUCUGAACCCGUAUGAUAUCAUCAAAGCAGUGGGACGUUCCGCCCGGUGGAUCACCAUGGGCCACAAGACUCGCCACCAGGACGCGAGCUACGACGUCGCACUCGGAAGAAAACCUACUGGCGACAGUGCAUCGCAGUUUCAGAGCAUGAGUCGUUGA